UGUAUAUUUUGUAAUAGGAUCAGAACAAGAGGGUUAAAUUUGUAACCUAAUGAUCACAAACACAUUGGUUUAAAGUCAGAGCCAAAAUUGCUCUGUAGGGCAAUGGUAAAUAAUUGACUAGAGUUAAGUAAUCAAACUAUUCAAUGGGUUUGCGACAUGUUUAAAGAGAUUUGGUCUGUGUCAAUUUGCAAGUCAUGUUUCAUACAUGCUUUUAUAUCCAGUAUUCAUUAUGCGCAGAAUCAUUACUUUUAAGCAGGAUUAUUACGUAGAAUGUUCAAACACAAGAAUGUUCUCAAUGUUUAAUCUAUCUAUAUUAGCAAUGUUAAACAGCACAAUCUGCUGCUGGUUGAUAUUUAACUGCAGCAAAAUACAGACAUAGAGGGUUAGAAGACAUUAUUUGUAAUUUUACAAAUGUAUAACUUUAUGUCAAGAACUGUUAGCUGGUAAAUAAAUAGGAUAAUAUAAUAUAUUAUCAAAAAAAUAUUAGUUGCAUAUAAUUUGCUAUGGAUGAUACAAGCAAAGUAGUUUUGGUGACUGGUAGUUCUCGUGGUAUAGGAGCAGCAAUUGCACUGCUGUUUGCCAAGCAUGGGGCUUCAUUGUCUCUUACUGGGCGUAAUGCAGAAAAAUUGAGUGAGGUGGCCAAAAAAUGUAAAGAAAAUGGAGCAAAACAGGUCUUAGAAACAAUAGCUGAUGUUACAAAGGAAGAAGAAUUGGACAGGUUGGUGGAGCAAACAAUCAAAACAUUUGGAAAGUUGGAUGUGUUAGUAAAUAAUGCUGGGAUUCUAAUAUUAGGGAACCUUGAUGCAUACACUAGCGAGAGUUUUGAUGCACUGAUGUCCACCAAUGUGAAAGCGCCCAUGUAUCUAAUGAAGAUUGCAAAGUCACAUCUUGCUGCAACUAAAGGAAAUAUAGUGAACCUCUCGAGCAUAGGAGCUUUUUACAACAACUCAACUGCAUUAGUUUAUUCAAUGACCAAACUGUGUAUGAACUACAUUACUAAAUCCUGUGUUAAAGAUCUGUCCAAGGAUGGGAUCCGGAUUAAUGCGAUAUGUCCAGGACCGAUAAGUACCGAGAUAUUCGAUAAUUCGUUUACAAACGAAGAAAAACAAGGAAUCUUGGAGAAGUACGCGUCAUCACUUAAAGGAAGGGUACCAACAGUGGAAGAAGCUGCUGAUUUGGUUUUCUUUCUCGCUUCAGAUAAAGCGUCAAUGGUUACUGGCGAAUGCAUGCCUUUUGAUGGUGGCGUAUUUGUCAGCUCAACUACAUAAAACCAAUGAAAAAUGGUAUUAAUUAAAAUUGGGCAUUAUACUACAUCAUUAUAGUAAUAUUUAAAAUUACAUUCAUUCUUCUAAAAUUAAACGUUGUAAUUAUACCAGUGUAUAAUCAUAACCAAGGGUUUUAAAAUAAAUUAAAGGAUUUGCAUUUA